GCCGGAGGAUGGUUAUGCAGAGAGACGUUGCUGCUGCAACCAAACUUGGGAUCGUGGUCAUAAACUCCCCCUCCGGAAAUGUUGGGGCUGCUGCCGAGCAUACGAUAGCGUUGAUGCUUUCCAUGGCCAGAAACAUCCCUAAUGGUUGCUCAAGCCUCAAAGAUGGGAAAUGGGAAAGGAGUCGAUUAGUGGGUGUUGAAGUUAAAGGGAAGACCCUAGGAAUUAUCGGCCUGGGAAAAGUUGGCUUGAUAGUUGCGCGACUCGCCAAAGGGCUAGGGAUGAAGGUGAAUGCUGUCGAUCCCUAUGCUUCUGCUGCGGUUGCAGAAUCCGCGUCUGUGAACCUUCUACCUUCCCUUGAUGCACUGCUGCCGACAGUAGAUUUCCUCACGAUUCAUACACCUUUGAUCGCAUCAACGAGGGGAAUGAUAUCAUCCGCAGAGCUUUCGCAGUUGAAAAGAGGCGCUCGUGUACUAAAUGUCGCUCGUGGCGGAACUUUUGACGAAACUUCUCUUCUCGAAGCCCUAGAAUCAGGCCAUUUGGCUGGAGCGGCAAUUGAUGUUUUUACAUCAGAGCCUCCAGCUAUUGGUUCCAGCGCCGCAAAACUCAUUGCCCAUCCCCGUGUUUUGGCGACCCCACAUCUUGGUGCCUCUACAGUUGAAGCACAGGAGAAUGUCUCCAUUGAUGUCUGCGAACAGGUUCUCCAGAUAUUGAGCGGUGCCCUCCCUCGAAGUGCCGUGAAUGCGCCCUUGAUUUUGCCGGAAGUAUACAAGAAGCUCCAACCAUUUGUACAUCUCGUAGAGAAAAUGGGGAGCCUAUAUAUCCAGCAUUUCACAUCUGCCGCCACAUCUACGGCAAAUAGCAGCACAUUUGACAUGAUCUACGAAGGGGAGAUUUCUGGGAUUAAUAAUACAAAACCCCUCUUUGCAGCUCUGAUCAAGGGGCUCAUUGCUCCGAUUAGUAGCACGGCGGGCGUCAACGUAAAUAUCGUCAACGCAGAGCUCAUUGCAAAGGAACGUGGCAUUGUUGUCAACGAGCGAUUCUCCCGCGAUCCAGCAUCGCAUUCUUACUCUUCUCUCAUCACACUGGUGGCCCACCCGCCCUCGCGCGCAUCUUCCCGUCCACCGCCUGAUGUUGCAAGUUCCGUGCCUGCACCAAAAGCGGUCCCCGGGCAGCAGCAAAUCAUAUCCGGGACAUGCUCGCAGUCUCAGCCAUUAAUAUCUCGUCUCGGUCGAUUUGCUACGUCCUUCGUUCCCGAUGGUACGUUACUCAUUUGUCACAACUACGAUUCUCCCGGAAAAAUUGGAGUUGUCGGAAGCAUCUUGGGGAAGGAAGGCGUUAAUAUCAACUUUAUGGGCGUGGCCCCUGUCUCAAAAGGUCUAUUGGAGUGCGAGAGAAUCGCAGCUACCAGUGAGCCUAAGAGUCAGGAUAUGAGCCAACCUGACACGAGGGAUAAGUAUGAGGUAGAGCACGAGGCAUUAAUGAUUCUUGGAGUUGAUAAGGCCGUAGAAGAGGGUGUAGUCAAGGCCCUUGUGGAGGAAGGGGGGGUAUUAAGUGCAAGUGUCGUUUCCCUUUGAGAAAAGAACGCGUGCGUGGUUGGCGGGCUGAUUUAAAUGCUGUCUGUUGCCUUGUUUGUUUCUCCAAAUGAUACUGGCUGGCACCCUUCAACUCACAUUUCCCAGGAUUUCCCUUACAAGCCAUCCUUUGAUCUAUUGUGCUCGAGCAUCUAGGGUCUUCAGUUUUCCUAUGUUCGUUCGACUAAGUGGAUAAAGUGGACUUCGACCUGUUAUGUGAGAAAUAAAAAGAUAUAUAGAGAUUGCGUGUCGUAAGCUAGAUGUCCAAAUCCUGCUUCAAAGGGACUAUUCUCUUCGGCCUGUUGUAGGCUAUUCCCAGACUGAAACUAAGAUGGUA